GCAUUUUGGAAGGUACCUAAAUGCUCGAGCGUCCACAAGACUGAGGACCCAAGAUGUCUAUGCUAGCUGAACCCCGAAGGAAACAAAAGUGGUCGGUUGACCCCAGGAACAGCACUUGGAGUAAAGAUGACUCUAAAUUUGGCCAGAAGAUGCUGGAGCGAAUGGGUUGGUCCAAGGGCAAGGGACUGGGAAGGAGUGAGCAAGGUUCUACAGAACAUAUCAAAGUAAAAGUUAAAAACAACAAUCAUGGGCUUGGAACCAAUGCAAGUCAUGAGGAUAACUGGAUCGCCCAUCAAGAUGACUUCAAUGAACUUCUUGCUCAGCUGAACAACCAUCAUGGUCAAACCCAGAGCAGCGAAGCUCCAUCCGAAGAGAAAAGGGGAUUCAGCUUAGAAGAGAAAUCAAAGACUUCUAAAAAGAGGGUCCACUACAUGAAAUUCACCAAAGGAAAAGACCUGUCCUCCAAAAGUGAAACAGACCUGAACUGUAUCUUUGGGAAGAGGUCGAGACUUGAAAAAGACCAAGAGCAGGAGAGCAGCAGCAGUGCCUCCCAGAGCGAAAUUGAGGAAAACGGGACAUCAAGUGCCGUGGAGUUGGAUACGGAGUCCAUCGCCAAGACUGUGACCAGCACUCUCACCAUGCAGGAGUACUUUGCCCAGCGAAUGGCUCAGCUGAAGAAGGCUCGUGGAAACCAGAGUGCAGCACUUGCAGCGGACUCUCAGGCGAAGGAAGAGCUUUCCGCAGGCCGCAUGAGCGAUGCAACAGAAGAGCCCAAGAAGAAAAAGAAGAAGAAAAAGAAGAACAAGGAACUUGUUGAGGAGGUGGAAGACGAGGAGAACGGCUCAUCUGUUGUAACUAAAGACAAAAAAAAGCAGGAGAAAAGGGGGACAGAAAAUCUAAAUGACACAGAUGAGAAGGGUGGCUCUGCAGAUGAACAUCUGCGUUCUUCUAAGAAGAGAAAGUCAAAGAAGAACAAAAAAGAAGAGCCAAUAAAAGAUUGUGAUUCCCCUGAAAGAAUGGAGAAGGAACAGGACUGUUUAGUUAUAGAGAAUGAUGCAGAGCAGAUGGAUAAAAAAUCUAAAAAGAAGAGAAAGAGGCAAAGUCAAGAUUAGGAUGAAGAUAAAAUGAGAUAUUCUUCACCUUCAAUGUUUACUCCUGUUUCUAAAUUGUCACAUUCAUGGAGUAAAUAGACAUAUAUUCCUCAAUAGACAAAUAAAAUAUGUUAAUCAGGAAAAAUCCUGUCAAUCAGGAGUUUACUGCAAAAAUGACAUGAUCUCCAAUAUUGAUGCAUAAGUCAAUUAAAAAAAAAUCUGCCUCAGUUAAAUCAUAAAUUUAAAGUAGGCAUCUUAGGUUUUUUCGGACACACCAUUUUCCAUAGAUUGAAAAUGGUUUAAAAAUGUUUCAAAAGACUACAAAAAUAUUAUAUUUACAAAUGUACUUGUUAAAACUUUUUGGAUGCAUGAAAUAUUUGACCCAAAUCUUUACAAAAAUGUCUGGAUAAAGUUUAAUCUCUGAAAAACGUCAAACUUUCAGACAUCACAUUAAAGUAUUUUGGGUUUUGUCGAAAUCAAAUUCAUUUUUGAAUAAAGGCAUUUUUUUGCAAAA